CGGUGCUGGCCGGACUCUGCUACGGAGAAUUCGGUGCUCGAGUCCCUAAGACAGGAUCAGCUUAUCUCUACAGCUACGUGACUGUGGGUGAGCUGUGGGCCUUCAUCACGGGCUGGAAUCUAAUCCUGUCCUAUGUUAUUGAAAGGUAAUGAUAAAUCGUCUCCUUCAUGCCCUUCAUCUAGUUGGUUUUGGGGCCAUUCCUACCAUGAUACUGGACGACCAAAAUGAGUGACAUAGCCGUGGUUGCUGUCCCAAAACCUGAUUCUGCAAAUGCACAAUGAAAAGUUUUGCCUACUGAAUGUUCUGCUCCGAGGAUCUGGGCUCAGAGUGGUAUUUCCGAGAUUUUUUUUUUUUCCUCUCAUAAUGGAUUUUGAACAACUGUCUCAAUUCUUAUUUCAGAGUUGACUGAUUAGUGUAUUGUCACAAGGCAGAGAAUUCAGUUAAAAAUAAGUAGAUACUAUCCAUGAAUGUGUUCAAAUACAACUUCAUUACUUUUAUUUCAGUCCUCUAUCAAGAAUGAGUAUUUGCAAACUGUCUUUCUCAUAAUUUGUGAGAAAGGGUGGCUAAGGUGGAAAAAUGCUGGGGGAGGAUAUGAGGUGUAGGAAGUCUCUUUAUCUUACCCAGCUUUUUUCUCAGAGCUAAUUGCCCCUCUUGAGAGCAAGGACAACUCCCAGCAGCUUCUGGGGCGUGGAGGAGAAGGAUAUGUUGGCUGCCACUGUAAGGCCCCAAUCAACUCUCAAUGAGACUUUUGAAAGUGUUUAUAAUGGUUCCUGUACUCUGAGUUAGACACACGGGAGAAAUACUGACCAGAUAGUCUCAAGAGGCCAAACAACACAAAAGUUUACUGGCAAACUUUGAAAAAUUAGGUGACUUUGGCUAAAGACUUACUACAACAUCUGAUCAACAUAAAACACUUCUCACAGCAUUAAUUUAGCCCAUCCAACUUAGCAAACUUUAAACCUGUUCCAUGUUAGUUACUCAAACUCUUCCAAGAGGAGGGAAUUAGAAGAAGGAGCAAAAGACAGAGAAGAUAUAGAAAAGCACACAUAGCUACCAGUGCCUGGGUUCCAGCAGUGUUCAGAUACAAACUCCAAGAGGAAGGUAGGGUCAAGAUGUGCUGCACUCAUGCUCAGCCAUAAAAACCCCUGGGCCUUUGUGGGCCAGGUGGGACUUGUGGUCAUUUGGCCACUCGGGAGCCGGGUUAGGCAGAGUGGAGGGAGCCCUGCCCCUGGUGUGCCAAAGCAGUGCUGGAAUAGAGGCUGGGGGGUGUGGGAGCAGGGCACUGCCCCAGCAGGGCAAAGCUUGACCUGCUCACUCUCAAACACACAGACAUCCUUAAAUGUCCUGGUACAUCAGUCCUUCCUGUCUCUGACAGGCACAUGCUGCACUUCAGAGCCAGGGCUUGAGAGGGGCAGAAAGCUGUUUUUUUCUUAAUCUUGCUGAGAAAAUGCCAAGCAGUGUAUCAAAAAUGUGCAUCUCUAAAGGGCUCGGUCAGCUUGGUGUUUUCAUGCUGAGGUUCUCAGACAGUGACUCAGGAAGUAUUGGAGGGUGGAAAAAGAAAUCCUGGAGUCCCAAGGAUGGGUGGCCAGUAACUUUUAAUUAAUUGAAGUGAUUUUACCUGGUGGAAGGCUCAUGUGGAGCCUCGGAGGUGGGUGAUGAGAAAUAAAUGGGGGUGCAACUUAUCAGUUAUGGCCUAGAGAGAAGGAGACAGGUGUCCAGGUCUGGGAUCUGAUGUGAACUUUCUUCUGGGAUGAUGUGGGUUUGGGGAACUGUGCCAGAUUGUGGGAUGUGUUUCAGGAACUAGAAAGUGGUGGGAGCUGGUAGUAUGAUGAGUAACAGUAUCUCAUCACUCAUAGGUAAGUAGGUGCUUCUGGGGUUUCCUGGCACUUGGUGACCUCCUUGCCUGUGCCUGUUCCUGCAGCGAGCCCAGCACCUGAGCUCUGCAGUCCUCCUGGGAGCUGCAUGCUGUAGGCAGGAGCCAAAUCUGCUCUGGUGAGGCUAUGCUGAUGCAGAACUAGUAAGUCCUCCUGGGUACCAGCUGAAUGUCUUAGCACUGUGCUCUCUAACAACAGCAAGAUAUUAUCCAGGUGUCUGUGCUGUUGAAAGAACGUGAGAUUCCCCCUGCUCCCUCAAGCCUGUUGGUUACAGAGAGUUCCAGAUAAAUGGCUCAUAGUUUUGUGGAACUGGCAUCGAAGCAGCUGGCAUCUAAUAUAACACAUGCAGGAGCUGGGUGUUCCCGUCCUAGAAUGUAAAAUAUUAGAGCUAGGACAAAAAAAUAGCACUAAAAUAGUCUUUUUUCAUCAAAUCGUGCCAAAGCUAACCUGAAAAAUUGUAAUGUGGUGUACAAUAACUUCUGCAAUUUCUCAAGAUUAAAUUGAUGGCAGUGAUGUCCAAACUCUUUAAAGGUGUUCACACUGUGCACUUUUCUGUCUUGGUGAACAGAAGAGUCUCCCAACAGGUCUGUUCUGCAGCUUAAUUUUUAUGCUGUUGCAAAGCUGGAUUGGGCAGGCGAGUGUUCCCAGCUGUGCUGCAGGUGCUGCCCACCGCUGCUGCAGAGGAUUUGGCUGUAGGUGAGCACAGACAUUGUUUGACAGGAUUGCAGGUGCUGGAGUUGGGACCUGAACACCCACUCACAGGUGAGUGUGGCAGGACAGACUGUUCUGGGUGGAAAGGGGCCCCUGAUGGCAUCCUCUGAGGAGCUGCUCUGCAAGCCAAAACCAAGCCAAGCUCUUUUUUUAACUAGGUAAUUAUGUACAGUAAUAAUUAUGAUAUGCAGUUAGGUGCUGUUAUAUACAGUGUAUGUACUGUGUGAGACAUUGAGAGUGUAACAGUAGCCACAUUAACACAGGAGAGGGAGAAGUUGGCUUUUAAAACCCAAUUUAUUUUACAAAAUACUGUCACUGUCUGGUGGUAAUUCUUUGUUGUUACUAUUUCAGUUCUCUAAAAUAACUUUUAUGGCCCAGACACUGUCCCCAGCUUGCUUGUCCUGAGACCCAGGUUCACUCCUCACCUCAGCAAGCUGCACACAGUUGGAUGCACUCAACAGAAACAAAAAGCAACCUAGAGGAUGAAGCCUGAGCAUUUGCUGCAGGCAGGAGCUGUUUCACUUGCUGUGGUCAUCCCCAGCAUUCUGCAAUAGGCUGACUUAUCCUCAGAUAACAUGUAAAUUGUAUCUGAGUCUUUUUCCUGCUUGGAUGCUCUAGCACUGGAGGUCACAGCAGCAGACCUGGGUGCUGCCAGAGUGCAGAGCUGGCCACUGGUGUGGUCCAGGCUCUGGUGCUGCAGCAUUGCACUGCUGGAGGGCAGCUGGAUUCUGUAAGGGUGCCUGGGCUGCAGCCACCUGAUUGGGGCUGCCAGGGACUUCUGCCAGCAUUACCUUUGGACCUCUCUGGUAACAGAAAUUACCAGGUUUCGGGGAAGGACAGGCCCUUGGGGGUUUAAGGAAAAGGUCAGUCAGGGCAGUAUCAAAGGCAAAGUUGAGGUUUGCAAAGAAGCCAGACUAAAAAUACUUUUCUCGUCAGCUCCGCAUGAGUCUGGGACCCACCACCUGUGUGUGUUACUGUCAGAGCAGAUGCCAAGCACGAACACAGGCUGUGGGCUGGGUAUGGAUGUGAAAGUCUGCUCCCAGCACCUGGGAGCACAUGCAAGGUUGCUUCGAGGCCCUCUGUAUUGAAAAACCUUACAAAGCUCCCCCUGGUUUGGAACAUGUGCCAGCCACAAAUGGUGAUCUCUGUCCUUUCUAUCCUCUGGCAGGAACCUCGAGCGUGGCCAGAGCCUGGAGCGCGACGUUUGAUGAAAUCAUAGGGCAGCACAUUGAAAAAUUUUGUAAAAAAUACAUGACGAUGGAUGCUCCCGGAGUGCUAGCAAAAUACCCAGACAUCUUUGCUGUGGUGAUAAUCAUCAUCCUAACAGGGCUUUUAGCUUUUGGUGUGAAAGAAUCUGCCCUGGUGAACAAAGUGUUCACCUGCAUCAACGUCCUUGUCCUUGGAUUUGUCGUCAUCUCCGGCUUUGUGAAAGGAUCUGUUAAAAACUGGUACCUGACUGAACAGGACAUUUACAACACCAGCCACAGCAUUUUCAAAGACAAUCAAACACAGGAAGAAAAGCUCUACGGUGUUGGAGGGUUUAUGCCCUAUGGAUGGAAAGGAGUCCUCUCAGGGGCAGCCACGUGUUUUUAUGCUUUUGUGGGAUUUGACUGUAUUGCUACUACAGGUGAGGAGGUAAAAAACCCUCAGAAAGCCAUUCCUAUUGGCAUUGUGGCAUCUCUUCUCAUCUGCUUCGUGGCUUACUUUGGCGUGUCGGCUGCCCUGACACUCAUGAUGCCUUACUACCAGCUGGAUACCAAUAGCCCUUUACCCAAUGCCUUUAAAUACGUGGGUUGGGAUGGAGCCAACUAUGCAGUGGCUGUUGGUUCCUUGUGUGCACUUUCUACAAGUCUCCUUGGCUCCAUGUUUCCAAUGCCUCGAAUAAUUUAUGCUAUGGCAGAAGAUGGACUUCUCUUUAAAUUUUUGGCUAAAGUCAACGAGAAGAGAAAAACUCCCUUAAUUGCAACAGUGACCUCAGGAGCUACUGCAGCUGUUAUGGCCUUUCUCUUUGACUUGAAAGAUCUUGUGGACCUCAUGUCCAUCGGGACCCUCCUGGCUUACUCCUUGGUAGCAGCCUGUGUGUUGGUACUGAGGUACCAGCCAGAGCAGCCUAAUUUGGCAUACCAGAUGGCAAGGUCGACAGAGGAGACAGAUAACAACGAGUCUGUGAGCACCAGUGAGUCACAGGCUGGGUUUCUGCCAGAGGAAGAGGAGAAGUUUUCGCUCAAAGCCAUACUGUGUUCCACAGAUUCAGAUCCUUCCAAAUUCUCUGGUUUGGUGGUGAAUGUCUCAACCUUCAUCUUAGGUUUCCUUAUUGUGGGUAUCUGCAUCCUGACUUCCCUUAAGCCAAACGUUCUGAUAAGCACUGUACAGAUUAUUGCCGCCAUCCUUGUUGUCACUAUCAUCUUCAUUAUACGGAAACAGCCUGAAAGCAAAACCAAACUCUCCUUUAAGGUACCUUUUUUGCCCUUUCUUCCUGUUGGGAGUAUUUUUGUGAAUGUUUACCUCAUGAUGCAGCUAGACGCAGGCACGUGGAUUCGGUUUGCAAUCUGGAUGCUCCUAGGCUUUAUCAUCUACUUUACCUAUGGAAUAUGGCACAGUGUGGAAGCCAGCUACGCAGCCUCAGCAGAAGCAGAGAGAAACACAGACACUGGCUCAGAUAGCUGUAAAUGACUGUGCUUGACUUACGGGCGACUGAAAGAAUGGCUGCAGUGAAAGAAGCUUUGUGGUGGGGAUCCUGAACCAGAUUACACCUGUCAUCAGUUAUGCAGAAAUAAGGAAGCAGAAUGCAGGCCUCCCCAGCUUGGUUACUGCAGCUUGCAGUUUGUUUAGCAGCACAGUUAAAAGGGACCACAAGAUGAAAAGACACAACUCUGGCGUAUUCCCAGCAGCACUGGCAGCUCAUCCGGGCGCUUCCCUCUCUCCCUCUCCGGUUUUGUUUUUUUUUCCCCAGUGUGUAGAAAGAGAACUGCUUCUGUGUGCAACUGCUGCUAUGAAACCAGGCCUCACAAAUGUCCUUCUUUCAGUAGCCCUGGGAAUUACCUCCCAACAGAUAUUCUAGUCAAUUUUACAUGGAGCAGGUUUUGCAGUGCUACUGUCAGGCAUAGAUCAGUAUCUAUCCUUCACCCUAUGUGGGCUGUACCCUCUGUGUAUGCACACAUACAAAAAAAAAAUGGUUCUCGCCAAUCACUAGAUUCCCCCAGGUUAA